AUGUCCGACCUUCCACCGAGAGGUCGGGGCGCGAGGCCCCCUGGGGCAGUUCCUAGGAGCCGUCAUGGGGGGGACUCGGGCUCCGCCCCACCAGCAAUACCACCAUCGGUCGCUGGCUCAUCGUCUUUUGGCGGUGAUGCCUCACCAAUCUCACCAGACCCUACCUCGACUAGGGCCACAUACUCGACAGUUGUGCCAGCUCGAUCUCACCACACGUUGCCCUGCCGCAGGUCCCGCUCCACCACGGGUUCCGCCCAUUUGUCCGCAGAUGAGUCUGACUCAGGGACGGCCCACCCCCAGGAGAUGGAGGUUGAGGGCACUCAGGGAGGGGAGGAGGUCUUGAGGGACCCCUCCGUCGACCUUCUUCUAGGUCAAUACGCCUUGAAGUUCCGAGACACAGUCGAGGAUCUUCCUGGCGAUCUCGAGGUAUUGACCACCUCCAUUGCGAAGGCCACAGACUGGGUUCUGCAGGCUGCGCACCACAAUCCGCUCACCAUCAAUGGGGGCGAUGCCUUCAUGGCCCAGAUGACGUCCUUCGUGAACGCCGUCAUGGCCACUGACUUUAGUCGUAUUCAUGGACCAGGUGAACUCAACAACUUCUCGCUCGCCUCUCUCCUUGAGGCCGAGACAUCUUCCAAGGACAAGCCGACCAUUCACCCAGCUCCUGUUUUCAGGCCUCCUCCUCCUGCUGCCUGUGGGCCGCUCAACGAGGGUGUCGCUGGUGUAGGGGCCCCGCCCGACGUCCUCAUGCAGGCACUGGACGACCUUGGUCACCUGGCCUCCCCUUCUCGCAUCCCUGCUUCCAAGAAGCAUAAGGGUGUCAAUCGUCCGGUUCCACCUCCUCCGCAGAAGAAGAGCAAGGUGGCCUACUCACGCCCUGGUCUGCCUCUGCUGAUCAACCGCGCUACCAAACCCAAGCCCCGUCCAACGAUGUGGGCAGGGAUCGCACGACAGGCCGCUCCGAUGCUUCCCCCGCCUCCUGGCUUGGGACCGCAGCGUCAUGGGCCUUCUCCUCCCCCUCCCGCAUUCCCGAUGGGCCCAAUGAAGACUUCGCCUCAUCGGUCCGUUCCUUCUUUCACUUCCAAGGGCCCCACCCGGAAGCAAGUUCUCGUGUCGUUCGGGGGUACCCCUCCCGACCUCACGAAAUUCUUCACCAAGUCAGCUGUUUGCACAGCCAACGGAUAUCUCAGGGAUGGGCGAUCUAUGUUAAAGGUCACCUCCAUCGUCUGCGCCUACGACGGCUUGUUGUUGGUCACCCCUGCUGUUGCCAGCCCGUCCAACCUGGACAUACUGCGCAACUUCAUCCGUGAAAGCCUCCUGAUGGGUACCCCGUUUGAGGUCGCACUUCCAUCGUCGACAUCUUUUAUAAAGAUACUCGAUGUUCCUUACUUCGAUCUGAAAGGGUUGAAGAUCACCCAGGAGGCACUUGAAAAGGCCCUCCGUACCUCGGUUCAUGCUGAGGUCUUCGCUUAUCUGAGCACCAAGCCUCGGAUCGACCGCAACUCAGCACACUCCACAUCGUGCACCGUCUACUGCAACAUUUGGGACUCCCAGCAGGGAACCCACGCCAAGAAGGCCUUAGGCCAACCAAUCUUCCUCGCUGGGUGGUCCUGCGCAAUCAGGCCUGCCGCACGACACACCGGGGUUCCGCUAUGCCAGCGCUGCUGGAAGUGGGGCCACCCCACCAUCGCCUGCAAGGCGAAACAACUCUCUUGCCCUAUCUGUUCGGGCCCACACGAGCAGAAGGAGCACCGCCAACAUGUGGGAUGUUGCAAGGGCAAUGCGAAAGUGAAACCCCCUGUGCCGCCCACCCCUCGUGACCAGCCCUGCCCCCAUAAGGGCCACUGCAUCAAUUGCCAUAAGGACCAUGCUGCCAAUUCGGCCUUGUGCAAGUUCUGGGCCCAUUGCUACGACCGUGAGUGGAUCAUGGCCGAGUAUCGUCAGACUAAUGUUGGGAAACCAUCAGGAUCUAAGUAG